UAGGAUUGAUUUUCGAGCAAUUUGAUAUAGGUCUCGAGUAGAUCCGAUCCAAUUGCAUAGCCCUGUACGAACUGUUUUAAUGCGGUGUACAAACUGCUUUAAAGCAGCAGUUUGGUUGCUCUGACCGAUUAAAGAGCUAAUAAUAGAGGGGAGGACAGGACUCCUGACGCAGGUGAGACAAAGGCGAAUACAGGACCUUGAAAGGAGGUUCUUUCAAGACGAUGGCUUCGCGUCGUCCGAAGGGUUUUGAACCGCCCAAGUCUCCUCAUUUUUUCAAGAUCAUACUCUCCUCCGGGAAGCUUGAGAUACCAAAGAGGUUUCUGCAGAGACAUGGUAGUGACAUCCCUGGCUCAGUGUUUCUCAAGGUUCCAAGCAGUACAAUACUUUGGCCAGUGGAGAUGGAGUGGAGUGAUGGCAUGGCUCGCCUUGGCCAAGGCUGGCAGAAGUUCACAGACUAUUACUCCAUUGGUUUUGGCCAAUUACUAGUUUUCAGAUAUGAACCAAGCUCCAUCUUUCAUGUUGUGAUCAUUGACACAAGCGCUUCAGAGAUUGAAUAUCCUACGGAUCCUGUGAUCAUGGACAAAUCAGAACCGAAAUGUGAAUUUAUUCUGCUCAAGAAGGAAGAAACUGAUAAUAUCUCAGCCAAAAUCUCGGAGGAUUGUCGGCCUAGCCCAAAAUUUAGGAAAAAAUCAAAGUCAGCAUUGGCUUUGGCUUCUCGUAAGGUGAACUCCGGCAUGAUCAGAAAUUCUGCAAGCAGAGCAAGCCCUGCUACACCGGUUGCUCGUACAAGUAAUGUGCCAUGUCCUACUGCUCUUGAAAUGGCACGAGAUUUCAAAUCAAAGCAUCCCAUGUUCAUACUCGUGGUGUACCCUAGUUAUCUUAAAGAUUCCCAUCCGAGUGUAUCAUCCAAAUUUAUGCGGACUCAUAUCAAGGGAAGUAUGCAGGUCGUGACACUUAAGCACAAGAAGGAUUCGUGGUCAGUGAAGUUAAUCAAGUAUCGAGGGACCUUGGAAAGUUAUCUCAAGGCCUUCAUCAGGGUAUACCGAAGAGGUUUUCUGCAAAAGCAUGGUAAUGACCUCUCGAGCAUAGUGUUUCUCAAGGUUCCAGAUGGUGAAAUCUGGCCAGUACGAUGCGAACAGAACUCCACCUUCCAAGCUGUAAUUUUUCAUACGAGUUCAUUAGAGAUUGAAUAUCCCGGAAAUCCCAUUAUGGGUGAAAAAUCAAAAGCUGAAUGCGAAUUUCUACUGCCUAGGAAGGAAGAAACUGAUGAUAUCUUGGUUAAAAUCUUGGAAGAUUGCUGGCCAAGCCGAGUCAUGAGUGGAAAAACGAAAUGGGCUUCUGAGAAGGCGAGUUCUGGUCUGUGUCAUUUUAGGAUACGAUGGACGUUCACCUUUUCACAUGACCCCGACGUGACCUAG